AUGGGCUUGCCGAAAGCCGUUACUUCGGUGGCAGUCAAGCGAGUUGGCGGCGCGGCCUUUCGCGUUGGCUUUGCAGAGAUGAAUGGGUGGCGACCUAGCGUGGAGGAUGCGCAUGUAAUCCAUGCCAAAGACUCCUGGGGCUUUUUCGGCAUCUUCGACGGCCACGGUGGUGAUCAGUGCUCUCGUUUCAUGGCCAGACGCUUCGACGAAGAGCUGGACAAGACCGGCCUGCCAGAAAGUGACGAAGCUGUUACAGAGCUGGUCGGCAACCUAGCCUUGCACUACGGAACGUUUGUCAUGGUUCAAGCGCCAAGCACGCCUGGAGGCUUCUUGGCUGCAUUGCGCUUCCGUGCCACGGCUGCUCCACAACAUGCCUGUGAUGUGGGGGGUCUAGAGACAGGGGAUGCAACCAGGACCAUAAGCCUGAUCUCCGGAGCGAAAGAGCCCGGAUUGAGCGCGCUGGCAAUGGGAGUGGCGCGGGUGAGCGGCUUGGCCGUUAGCCGUGCAUUCGGCAACGCUCAGCAUAAGAACGUGGGAGGGCGCAGCCCGCAGGAACAACCAGUAAGUUGUGCUCCCGAGCUUCAGGCUUUUACAUGUGAAGCCGCAGAUUUCCUUGUGCUGUGUUGUGACGGCAUCUCACAAGGCAGCUUCCCGAACGAGGCUGUCGUGAAAUUGGCAGCUGAGAAGCUGAAAUCUGCUAAGGGCGGACCAGUUGAUCCUGCUCAGGCCGCAGUUGCCGUCUGCAAGGAGGCAUUGAAGUGCAACUCCACAGACAACCUGUCGUGCAUGAUCGUCCUCCUGGGCGGCGGUGAGGUACCAGGUGAGCCAGCGGAGUUCAUUCCGGGUCUUUUUUAA